GGCUUGACGUGUUCUUCUUCAGCUUGUGAACGAAAUUGGAGCACAUUCAAUCAGGUCCACACGAAGAGAAGGAAUCGUCUUUCAGCCAUUAAGUUGAAUAGUUUGGUAUUUAUAAUGUUCAACAAGAAGUUGAAGUUUAGGAAGAGCCGGUCACAAAAGAAAGACGAUAAUUUGAUCUUCGAAAAUGUAUCAUCUGAUGAUGAGUGGAUUGCUGAACCGAAUGCAGAUGAUGGAGAAAGUGCGGAUGCACGUGAUGAACUUGCAUUGGUUGUUGAUGAAAUGGACAACGAAUUCAGAGGCGUGGACCUUACUGUUGGAACUGAAGAAGAUAAUGAGGCCCGUGAUAAUGAAGGAGAUGACAAUGAGAAUGACAUUACUAAUUUGGAUAGUGAUGA